AUGGAAAGAGAUCAAGCAUUUGAGAUUGAACAACUUAACGAAGAGAAGGAACGUAAUAAUGAAUCAGAAGAGAUUUUACAAGAGGAUAACUCAAAAAUUGAGUUUAAAGUUCCUGCACCCAUAAAUCCUCAAACACGACCACAUUCACAACAGUCAAUAUCAACCUCUUCUAUUCCAUAUAAACAACCGGAAUGGAGUAGUAAACCUAAAGAUGAUUUUGCAUUAGAAGUUAUCAAGAGUGGAAUUAGUAUAGAGAUCGUAAAUAUUUCAUCCAAAGAAUUUUUAUUGCUUGGACGAUUGCCGGUGUGUGAUAUUCCUAUGGAACAUCCUUCCAUUUCUAGAUAUCACGCAGUGAUUCAGUUUAAUGAUAAAGGACAAGUUUUCAUAUAUGAUUUGGAAAGUGCACAUGGAACUAAAUUAAAUAAACAACGGAUAUUACCUUUAAAAUAUAAUAGACUUCGUGUAGGAGAUCAAAUAAAGUUUGGCGAAAGUACCCGAACAUAUGUUUUGUUGGGACCGGAAGAAGAAGAGGAAUCAUCAUCACGACAACGACAACGACAAGAAGUACUUAAAUCUGUUCCUCUAGAAAAACAACCAAACAUCGCGGAAGUUACUUGGGGUAUGGUAGAAGAUGCGGAAGAAGAAGGUGAAUUUGGUGAUCUUACAGUCUCUGCAGCAAAAGAAUCAUGGAAGCGAGAUGAAAAUGCUUAUUAUUAUAAAGAUUCUAAAAAGGCUUUAAGAAAUUGGUUUGAAAAUCGUGGUUAUGAUAUGGAAUUUGAAAAUGAACAAGAAGAUGUUGAAGAUGCAUACGGUCCAGUUUACGGAAUAGGAAGUGGACCAAAGAAGAGAGAUGCCGAGAGACAAGCUGCUAUUGAUGCUUGUGAGAAAUUAGACAUGUUGGGUAUUUUACGUGGAGCUCAAGAUGAAAUUUUGGCAAGGAAAAAAAGACUUAAACAUUUAUUAGGAAAUAACGAGGAUGAAGAUAAUGAUAGUUUCUAUGAUCGAACAGGACAAGCCGAUCGAGUGAAAUUAAAAAAGUCACAACAAACACCACAAAAGGUUGAAACAUAUGAAUCAUUGACAAAACAAUAUGACGAAAAUGUAUCCCAAAUUGAUGAAUUACAAAUUAAAUUAUCAAAAUUUAAAAAAUCAGAGAAAUCAUCCGAUUUACAAGACGAAAUACAAGAUGAAGAUGCUUUAGAAAGUUAUAUGAAAUCAUUAAAUAAUGAAAUAAAAGAUGAAUCAGAAGCGGAUUUGCUAGCCAAAUUGAAAGAAUUAUUAAAUCAAAAAGAACGUCUUUCUCGACUAAUUAAAAUUACAAAACCUCCCGAAUUUAUGAAAAAUAAUAAUUCUCUUUCAAUGAAUCAAGAAGAAUUAUCCCAAAUUAAAGAUUAUAAAAAUUCAACAAAAAUUGAGGAAAUAGAAAUAUCAAAGUCACUGGAUCAUAAAGUUUUGGAUAAAGAAACUACAAUAUUAGAGUCAUCACCUGAACAUAUUCCAAGUAAAAGAAUUAAUAAUGUAGAUAAUAUGGAUGAUAAUAAAUCUGAAAACAUUGACACGAAAAAGAAGAAAAUAAAAUCAAUGAUACCAAUGACACCAAAAGAAUAUGAAGAAAAACAAAGAAAAGCAAUAGAAUCAAAUGAAUUUGAAGUAGAGGAUGCCACAACUUGGGAACCACCUCAAGGUCAAACAGGGGAUGGGAGAACAAUAUUGAAUGAAAAAUUUGGAUAUUAA